AUGCCCGACGAAGCCGGUCCGCUCGUCGCGUUAUCGGAGCUGGACUCGUGCGACCUUAUAUCGGGUCCGCACUCGGCGCACCGCCAACCGCGCCAGCCGCGCAAACGCGGCGACGACGGAAAAUUGCUCAUGUCGUGGCGCGUUCCGGAUUGGACGCUCCCGCCGCUGACGUCAGACUUGCGCCUCUCCUCACAGGAGCCGUUGGAGCAGCUGGAGUCGCGCACACACUGCCCUGGAUGCGGCAAGUCACAGCACUACUUCUGCUUCACCUGCCUCCGGUGGAAGGGCGCAUCAGCGCUGCUCGCCCUCCCCCAGCUGGCGUCCCUGCCGCACGUGCGGCUGCCCAGCAGCAUCCGCUCGGCCUUCUGGCGCUACCACACGCGCGGCGUGGCCCCAGACGCUGUCAGCACCGUGGAGGCUCUGCUCUGGCUCUGCCGCUGCUGGCACGCGGGGGGCCAUGCGGGUAACUCGCAGGGUAUGGGGUGUGAGGCACAAGGGAGGAUGGGAUGUGGGGAUGAGCGGAGCGGGGAUGGGAGGGAGAGGAGGAGUGGAGGAGUGUGGGAGAAGGGGGAGCAGAUGGAGGAAGAGAGGGGGAGGGGGGAGAUGGAGGGGGAGGUGGGAGUGAGGUGCGGACAGGAGGGUGGUGGGGAGAGGCAAGGAAGGGCGCUGGAUGCCAAGGGGAGGGGCGAAGGAAAUGAUGAAGGAGAUGAGGACAGGGAGAGAGACGCUGCAGAAGAGAUUCCCGAUAGAACCAUGCAACGGAAUGGGGUUUAUGGGGGAGCAGCCACUCUCCAGAGGGUGGCCAAUGGCGGUGCAGAAGAGCCCAUGGGGGGAGGAGAAGAGCCGGCAGCAAGCUUGGAGGAGCAGGGUGAGUGUGGUGCGAUGAGGGGGCAACAUGCGAGUGACUGCCACUGCUUUGACGACUUGCUCUGGUUCUUUGCUCAUUUUCACCGCCGCAUCAUGCAUGAAGGCUGUGACCACUCCGCUUGA